UUUUUCUGUCUGGUCUUUUCAGGCACAGGAAGUCAUAUAUUUUUGGGUUAUACUGCUAAUCUGUUAAGUGUUACUAAACCCAGGACCCUGCAUUCACUGUAUCUGGACUCACACAGAUUCUGCAUUCACUAUAUCUGGUCUCCCACAGUACACAGAACAUGGACAUGCAAUUAUUUUAGUAAAUAUAAACUGCUAAAUACCUUUUUCUCAUCAGCAGGACUUAGAAGUCUUUUGACUUCUAUUAGUGUCCAGCCAAGCACUGCUUCAAGCUUGUAGGAGUUUUCAUUCUCCCCU